UAGUCACUGUUUCAAGCAUGAAAGCCCCAACUGCCCCUUCCCUUUCUCCUUUCUCUCUCCAUUUCCCCAAAUCAAAACCUUGUGCUUUCUUCUCUUUACCCUCCAAAAACCUCAAUCUUCCAAACCCUAAAUUUCUCCACAUAAACCCUUCACAGACUCCCCCAAUUCUGUCGAUUCCGAGUCGAAAAUCGCUUAAUAGGACGGCCCAGUAUUCUUCACCGGGCGAUGAGAUCCAGGUCGUCGCCGGACACAUGUUUUGCGGCAAGACGGCCAAGCUGCUUCGCCGACUCCAAGCUGCAAGCAACAAUGGCAGUACACCAGAAAUAGCCCAUGAAUUCUUCCCUUCCUUCCCCAUUUUCCGAGUUUAUAAAGACGGACGCAUCGAGAGACUCCGACAAACGGAAACGGUGCCGCCAUGUGAUGACCCUCGAACCGGCGUUCGAUCCAAGGACUCCCCAGUGUCAACCCUAACAUCCGCUCGUAUAUUUAUCCCUCGAACCACCGACCCCUCCGCCAAAAUCCCGCUCCUCAUCUACAUCCACGGCGGCGGGUUUUGCUUGGAGUCACCUUUCUCUCCUGCUUACCAUAACUACCUCACUUCCCUAGUCAACAGAGCGAACGUAAUAGCAGUUUCAGUCGAGUACAGAAAAGCCCCAGAACACCUUCUCCCCAUUGCAUACGACGACGCAUGGACCGCCAUCAAGUGGGUUGCUUCACAUGCUAAAAGGGAUGGCCCCGAGCCAUGGCUCAACGAAAGAGCCGACUUCGAUCGAGUCUUCUUGGCUGGCGAUAGCUCCGGUGCCAACAUUGCACAUAACAUGAUAAUGAGAGCUGCUGGAGAUGAGCUGCUGGGACUCAAAUUCGAUGGUUUGCUUUUGACGACCCCGUUUUUCAUGAACCAAGAGCUUGACGAGUUCAUGGAGUUCAUUUUUCCGACGAGCAGUGGUCCGAACGACCCGAGGUUGAACCCGGGUUGCGCCAUUGACGAGCUAGCUGCCGGUCUGGUCUGCAAAAGGGUUCUGGUUUGUGUUGCGGAGAAAGAUUUCUUGAGAGAAACUGGAGUGGCUUACUAUGAAACAGUGAAGAAGAGUGGGUGGAAUGGAGAUAUAGAGAUGGUGGAGAUUCAAGGGGAGGAACAUGUUUUUUAUUUGCUUAAACCGGCUUCUGAGAAAACUGUGGAUCUCUUGAAUCUAGUUUCUUCAUUUCUCAACACUUAAUAUAAGGCUGUUGAUCAGACUCUAUCCUUUUAUAAAUAUUAAUAUUAUCGAAUUGUAUAAACUAAUUUACCUCAGUGAUUAAAGUAAUCGUUAUUGUUUUUAGAGAUCACAUGUACGAACACCAGUGAU